AUGAGAAUCCCCAAUUCCCUCUACACUUGCGCUUUCUGUUGCAAAUUCAAUUUGUUAAUAAAGCACUGUGGAUCCUGCCUGUCCAUCCUUUAUUGCUCCAGGGAGUGUCAACGAUUGGACUGGUCUUUUCACAAAGGUUUUUGUAAAGCUUUUACGUCCCUUGGUCCACGCCCUUCAGAUGGUCAUAGCCUCGCAUUCUAUUUUCCGGUUGACCUUGAUCCCAGACUGGAAUGGGUUCGGCGUCCAGAUUUUCUGCAUCCAAAGGCCAAUAAUAGAAUACUUGGUUUUCGGUCACUGGGUUUCAUGGAAUCAAAGCCAACGUCACCAUGGCCGUAUAUUCUUUGUCGAGGAGGCUGCCGAGACGAUAAUCUCAAGCUCAACCAUAGCGUUAUAUCUUUUACGAGGGGAGCCUAUUGGACUGGACCUUUGGUUGUUUUCCGGACAGGGAGGCCUGAUAUUGACUCAGAAGUUAUACGUGAUAUUUUAUUGGAUGACCUCCCCAGAGUCAUACGAUGGUUAAGACAGAUUUCCAAUGGAAGUCGAGUAAUGAAGCCCCAAGUCUUUAAGUCAAGUUUCAACACUUCGAAAUGUGUAAUUCUUAGAUGUAGGGGUGAUUAUAUGAAUGCUCCAGAAGAAACUCAACUUGUGGUCUCCAAAGUCCCAGAAUUGCACCCGAUUUUCGAGGGGCAGCCCACAAAUCUUUCGCAAUUGAUGGGAAUUCCGUUGAUAAUACAAAAAAUACCUCGUGAGGCUGGGAGAGAUGUUGCAUUCGACAAAGAUUACUUGAGAAAUUAUUAUUGUGGUAUCCUUCACUUUGAUACUCGUCCUCAUAAAUGUGGGGACUGUUCUGGUCGCGAGACAGACAAAAAAGAUAUUACCACGCUUCAACUAUUGGCGAUUAUGACAUUCAUCAAGCUAUUGGAUCUUAGAGAAGUAGAAGACGAACUCGAUGUUAAAACAAAACAGAGAUUUCUUGAGGGGUACUUCACCAGGAUGAAGUUCGAACAAUUUUUCUUCGGUCGCUUUGCAGCUGCUUCUGAUCAGGUCCCACAUCUAGACGGAGAUCUGAUAUCUCCUUACAGCAACUCAUAUGAUUCAACAGACAUAUCACAGAACUCUUCACUAGUAGAUAGGGCGCUGGACCUCUGGCACAGAACUGGACUGAGAGCAAUUUAUUUGGUCGAUGAUUGA